AUGAAGAUAACUCACAAGGGCUGGAUUAAUAGGUCGUGCCACAGUUUUGACAGGCGGCGGAGGUGCGGCACUAAGGGACAGGUACUGGAGGUGGAAAGGCAUCUGGAAAUUGGAGGUGGACCAGCGUCGAAAAGCUCCUUACGGAGGUCGUGGGAGAUGCGGCUGGACAGUCCUGAUCUUCUUUAUAUGUAUUCUCCUGGAAUUGAACUCCUUCAAAUGGAAAUUCUGAGCUUAAGGUCGAUAGCAGGUUCGGAAGUUUUGAAUACAGAACUGAAGGCAGUUGGUUACGACUUGAAUAGAUGGAGGAAGAAAAGUCAGAUGAGGCUAAACAUAACUAUUCUUGAUCUCAACUCUAGUAGAUGGUGGGAUUUGGUGACAAAACUUAUUUUAGAGAGAGGUUCCCGGCAUAAAGGGCAUUUAUCUGCUUCAGCUGCUCAAAGACAUCCAUUAUCCACAUUUUUGUUAGGCAGUGAUCAACCGGCUGCAGUUGUAUCCAAGUUGAGUUUAAUCAAGUAA